CGAUAUCUCUAACCGAAGUCCCUUAUUUUCAUACCAGCGCGAUAGACCUGUGUAUUUUAAUGACCAAAUGACCACCCCUAAUGCAACUGUUUAACACAGAUGCGUCUCAAAAACCACCCUUUAACAUCAACUUAAUAAGUUUAUUUGUCAACACGGCCACGUUUCUAACACCUUCAGCUCAGUCAUUGAUCUUUCUUGCCUGCACUCAUCUGAUAAGGAACUGUGCGAGAUAGUCUUAUCAAAGCUUUCGACACAUGCAUAUUCCACGAGUGUCAGUUGAAUAUAAAGCGCGGCUUGCAUGCGUUUUGCAUGCCUUAUUAGAAAGUAGCACGCAAAUGUUUGCCCACCGAUGUAAUGUGUAACAUGAGUGCGGUUAAACAUUGACCUGCAUCAUCCAGACUUGCCGGACUUCAUGUGUAUUGCCGCAGCUCUUCGUUUGUCAACAGGGGCUGGUUCUUGCUGAGCUCGUAGCUCCCCGGGAGCUGCGCGACAUUUGUAGCUGUUGCAAAACUCGCUGUGGGGAUCGUGAGGAUUUGUCCAUCCAUCACCGUAAGGAUGGCGUUGUUCUUAAAGGUGACACCGAGGAGCUUCCUGGGCCGCUGAGACGUGACUUGGGGCUAGGCAUCUCAUUUCCUAUGCCCCUGCUGGCCCAGACAAGCCAAGACAAUCUGCCCUCUAAAUGAGUACUGCCCGUCCGGUUGUAGGGCUUUGCCAAGUUGCCACCAUGAGCAAAUACUCCCAGUAUUUCAACAAGUCCCUCAUACAGGCCCACUAUAGCAAGGUCAAGCAGAUGUCUGAACUGGACAUAAGAGAGCGCAUGGAGAGUAAACAAAGCUUGAGCACCCUGAACAUUUUAUUUGUGAUAAUCUGCAGUAUCAUCAUCUUGGAAAACCUCCUGGUGCUCAUUGCUGUGUUUCGCAACAAGAAGUUCCACUCGGCAAUGUUCUUCUUCAUCGGGAACCUGGCCUUCUCAGACCUACUGGCUGGCUCCGCUUAUAUCGCAAACAUCUUCCUGUCAGGCCCCAGGACAUUUCAUUUAGUGCCUGUCCAGUGGUUCAUACGAGAAGGGACUGCUUUCAUUGCCCUGGCUGCCUCCGUUUUCAGCCUGCUGGCUAUCGCCAUCGAGCGCUACAUUGCCAUCACCAAAGUCAAAGUUUACGGCUCCAACAAAACCUGCCGCAUGUUCCUUUUGAUCGGAGCGUGCUGGGUGAUGUCCAUCCUUCUGGGAGGUCUUCCCAUUAUUGGUUGGAACUGUAUUAAUAACGUGGAAAAUUGCUCCGCUGUCCUGCCUCUCAACUCUCGAUACUACAUCCUGUUCGUCGUCACCAUCUUUAGCGUCAUCUUGCUGUCCAUUGUGAUCCUUUACGUUCGCAUCUACCUUAUUGUGCGUACCAGCCAACAAGAGGCCACCAAUUCUCCAGCUUACGCUCUCCUAAAGACGGUCACGAUCGUGCUGGGUGUCUUCAUCAUUUGUUGGUUGCCCGCAUUCACCAUCCUUCUCUUGGACACUUCCUGUUCGAUGGAACAAUGUCCUAUCCUCAACAAAGCUGGCAUCUUCUUCAGCAUCGCCACACUGAAUUCGGCACUGAACCCGCUGAUCUACACGUUGAGGAGUAAGGACAUGAGGAAGGAGUUCCUCAGGGUGCUUUGCUGCUGGGGGCUGCUUAACUGCGGCAGGCCGCCUCACCGCUGCAUGGUGCCACUCAAGAGCUCGAGUUCAAUGGAGCACUGCACCAACAAACACGAAAACCAGUCAAUUCCCAUCAUGCAGGACUGCACUACUUGCGUCUGAUUUGUCUCCUCAGUGCCCAGGUGUUUGAAAGACCCCAUCUUGGAGGCGAGGAAGACAGAAGUGGAUGAAAUGAGAAUCACAAUCAACAUCUUUGGACUCUCGGACAUUUCGAGCUGAUACCACAGCUGUGCUACCAGACUCCCAUGUGUCCUUGGUUGCUUCUAUCCUUGCAAAAGUUGCUGACCAUCACCACAUUUUAAGGCAAAGCCCAAUUCAAAUGGGAAUAUGCAUUUAAGCUCUUUGACGAAACCUGAAAAAUCAAAGUUGCACUUUGUCGACUUCUGGGCAGCUUGGGAUUGUAUGUUCCUCAUAUACCAACAUACCAGAAGUCGCAUACAAGACGUAUUCUAUCCACAAGUAGACUACCACUGUCUUGGUUGAGAGAUUCAAGUGGACAGAUUGAAUUGUAAGGAUCGACAAUGCACUCCAAGUGAGCCAAACUACCAUGCAUGCUUGCAGAACCUCUGCUAAUGUAUUUAUCGAAUUACUUGAUAUACAUAACACCCUUUGAUUACCGACAAUAAAAGUAUUCCGCUUCAUUGUAUUGCAUGAAAGUUUAACCUGUGUAAAAACUAAUAUGUAUGGCAAACCUAUGUACAAUUGUCAAUGUUACUCUUCGUCCAUCUUAACUCGCUUACUAUUUUAUUUUUUCUUCAACAUUCCUACAUUUUCCUAAGAGGAAAGCACAAUCAGAAUGUGAUUACUGAAUUCCCGAUAUGACGAGUUUCUCUCAGCAUGACAAUGCCGUAGCGUCGCUGCGGCAGCGUGCGCUUCGUUUCGUGCCCUCUUGACGAAUGGAACUGAAUUUAAGAAUGAAGUGUUACGAGCGAACGUUUUCGCUGAUCGACAGUAUUACCAAACAUCAUUGUCUCCUGUUGAUUAUUGAGCUUGCAACAACAAGAACGGGCACUCACUGUGAAGUCUUAAUGACAUUUUAAAGUUAAUUCAAAUUGACAGGAAACUCUUGAGAUUUGACAAAUUGAGCAUGCCUUUUUCUCUUUCAAAGGCAUAUUGGGGGUGUUAGGUGUUACACUGUCUUUUAAUAGGUCACACGUCUUCUAAAGAAACUUCCUGCAACCACAGGAA